AUGUCCGGAGGAGCGACGCGUCGUGACAAGAAAGAGCAACGGAAAGUAAAAGAUGAUAAGAUACAGAAAGAGGAAGUUGUCAUCCUGCAGUGGGAAGCUGUGUCACUGCCUCACAUCCAAGACCUGCUGGAGGGAAGUGAUCAUCUACUUCACUCGGAAUUAAAGGAGAUCUUAAGCUUCAGUAACCAUCAGACCUGCAUGAAGGAAGCUGCCCUGCUGGAUUACUAUAUUAGUGGUUUCUGGUGGGCAAAAGAGGUCCAAUUCACCCCUGCACAGACUUCCUUCACCAUGGCUGUACUGCACAUGCUGCUGGAUAACAUGCAAGAGAAACAGAUGAGUUUGGUGGAUAACCUGAUGGAGUUUGCUAAGGUCUUAGCUGCUGCCUGUCAGAGCUCAUCAUCAGAGGAAGGCUCCGCUCCACUGCUCGACAGAGAAGAAGCCACAGCGCUCAUAAGUUACACCAGAGACAGUCUCUUUCAGAAAUACAGACUCUAUGAGCUUCUUUUCACCACACCCAGAGAGGAGUUACUGACAGGCAUAGAGAGGACGAUUGAGGUGUUCACAUGUGAGGAUGCUCUGACUCCAUUGGAGGAAGGUAUCCCUACUACUGUAUAUUUCCAGUGA